UACUACUCUCUUUGCUCUGCUUUCUUAAUUCCUUGCACGUACGCUUUUUUUUUAUAAAUUUUAAAAAUAUGGAGUCCAGCAAUACGACGAUCACCACCGCAACACCGUCGUCUCCUUGCUCCGUAUUGCCGCCAACUAACUCUCCAUCUCCGCCGCGGGUCGUGGCCACACCUUGUGCUGCCUGUAAGAUAUUACGGCGGAGAUGCGCGGAGAAAUGUGUGUUGGCACCUUAUUUUCCUCCCAGUGAACCCAUCAAAUUCACCAUUGCUCAUCGUGUUUUUGGUGCUAGCAAUAUUAUCAAGUUCUUGCAGGAAUUGCCGGAAUAUCAAAGAGCAGAUGCUGUAAGUAGCAUGGUGUACGAGGCUAACGCUAGGAUGAGGGAUCCAGUCUAUGGUUCUGCUGGGGCAAUUUGUCAACUUCAAAAACAAGUAAAUGAGCUACAAGCACAAUUAGCCAAAACACAAGCUGAACUUGUCAAUAUCCAAUGCCAACAAGCUAAUCUCAUGGCCUUUGUUUACAUGGAAACGGGACCAUCUCCACCAACAUCAUCCCAACAAUCUUUGGACAAGUUCACCAAUAGUACUAUACAUGCCACCACCCAAAAUAGCAUGAGUUUCCUAGAUGAAAACAACAAUUAUGGGACCCUGGAGACUCUUUGGACAUGAUCAAAAAGGAAGAUAUACGUAUAUGUUC